UCACAUCGAUCUUGUGUCCUCCUUGCUCUCCUUUUAUUCCCUCUUCCUUUGAAAGUGUUCUCACUCUCAUUAUCAAAGAUACACGCAAGGCUGUUACUCUUCUCUGCAACAACACUAGCUGCACCAUGAACCACAUAGGAAGUGUUCUUGCUCUCUGCAUCAUCUUGAUCACACCAACCGCCACCCAUGCACUUGGGAACAGAGUUUACUGGCAUAAGAUGUUACCCAACUCUCCCAUCCCGAGAGCCAUUUUGGACCUUGAUGAACUGGACAAAGAAAAGUUCAACGUUGAUCUCUAUGAUCCAGUGAACAACGGCUUCGGGUAUAGUAUUAAUGGAUACGUUAGCGGUGCCUCGGCACCAGUCCAUGUCCAUGAUGUCUUCAACGGAACACUCUUCUUUUUAGAAAAGGACGUGAAUCCAGGUUCUAAAUUCCAACUCCGGUUCACCAAGAUGGCCUCUAGUUCACCUUUAAUAUCUCGUUUACAGGCAAACACUAUCCCCUUCUCAUCAAACAAAUUGCUUGAGAUCCUAACUCGUAUUCAGGUCAAGCCAACAUCUGCUACCGCUUCUGUCAUGAACAAGACGCUCAUAGAGUGUGAGGGGCCAACCUUGGACGGAGAGAGUAAGCACUGUGCUACAUCCUUGGAAUCCAUGGUGGAGUUCAUCAUGCUGAGUUUGGGAACGAGAGACGUGCAAGCAAGCUCGACAACAAUAACUGAGAAGAGUGGUAAUUUUGAAGCGAAAAAGACCUACAAUUUUGCUUCAGUUGGUGUGCAUGCAUUGGGCAGAGAUGAGUUGGUGGCGGCGUGCCACUUGCAGCCUUACCCAUACGCAGUGUUUUACUGCCACACAACAGAGAAGACCAAGGCGUACACAAUAGCGUUGGAAGGAAAUGAUGGGACGAAGGUGGAGGCUAUAGCUGUAUGCCAUUGCGACACCUCUAAGUGGAACCCGAAGCACUUGUCUUUCCAGGUGCUCAAAGUGAAACCUGGGAGUGUGCCGGUUUGUCACUUCAUGCCAGAGGACGAUGUUCUGUGGACCAUUAGGAACUAGCAGAGGACAAUGUUAUGUGGCUGGUAAUAGGUGGAUGCAGUACGUCAGAUAAUAAUAAAGAUUGUGUUUAGUUCUCAAUAAAAUUAUGUCUAGUUCUCCAUGUGAGAUUGUAAUAAGAUUGUGUUUAGUUUUCAAUAAGGUUGUGUCUAGUUUUCUACGUGAGAUUGUAAUA